AUGAGAGCCGAGAUUCCUGGCUAUUAUUUCAAUGAGGAAAUGAACCGGUACUUUAAAAUAAUGCCUACAGGACCACACAGUCUAGCAGCAAUCAACCAAGCUCGACAAGUGGUAGAGAGAGAAAAGGUGGUUAGCCGCGAGAUUAAAAAGCAAAAGAAAAACACAAUGAAAGUUCCCCAGUACGUUCGAUGGCGACAGACAAUGAACAGAUCCUAUUCACCACAGAAGAUGAUAGCAAUCGGACACGCAAGUCUAUUCCGACAAACGACUCCUAUUACGUCCAUAACUCUUCCUCACAAGGGUGCCAGCCUAUCGUCUUCACAGACCUGUCUGGACGUUACCUCUUCAGACACUGGAGAAAUUGUGUGCAGUUUUUCAAAUUCUGGAAUGUCUCGUUACGGAUACCAAGUCACGCCUUUCUUUCAUGUCUGGGGAACAGAAACACAUCAAAGGGCAUUAAACAUAUCUUCGCUUCAAUUCGCCAAUACGCUUCUAGGCCCAGACCGGGGCAAAAGAACGUUGGUUGGAACAUUCUUUGGAGGAAGUGGCACGCCCCGCCAAUCUCCGGAACUGUGGCGCUUCAGUAUUGAUGCCCUGCCUAUGAUUGAUGAAGAAGCUGCCGAGAAAUUGAUCCUGACAAAACCUAGGCCAAAACCAAAGUCAAAGUCAAUUCGUGGCCCAGGCCCACUGAACCAUGGCAGAGUUUGCCAAGUGUUUUCCGACCAGCAGUCUCGGCCCGUGAGCAUGUCCAAGGUGUGCAACUUUGGCGAUGAGUCGCUGUGGUCGUCUGCUGUGGAUGACACCAACGAUACCGUAGUUGUGGGUGGAGACCGAUUUCUUUAUUGCCUGACCAGCGAAUUUGUCUCUCUUCAACAUAUCGAUACUCGUUCUUCGGUAUUUACUGUCCGCCCAUCAAACAACAAUCCAAAGACAUCUUGGUAUGGAUGUCGCAACGGCACUAUCGGACUCUUUGACGCCAGAUGUAACCGAUCCAACCAACCAGCCAACAUGUUUCAGCAAUCAUCAUCUGUCACACAGCUUUCCCCCCUCGAGAACCUCUCCUCUCAACACACAGUCCUGGCUGCUGGUACGGGCGGGCUGAUCAAUAUCUGGGAUAUCCGGUCCCCUUUCCCAAUAAAACGUAAAGGGAAAAACAUCUGCAAUAAACCCGUCAGAUCAUUUACAGGGCAUCAGAAUGAACAUACACACAGUCUUCCUGUAGACACAGAUCUCCAAUAUAAUGUGUUGCUUGCUUCAGGGGACGACAGUCGACUCCGGCUGUGGUCCCUUCUUGACUCAAGUUCAAAUGAGCCAAUAUGGACUAGUGAACGUUAUGAGAAUGGUCCGGUCAGUGCAGCAAAAUUUGUAGUAGAUCCACCAAAGUUGCAAGACAUUUGGAAAUCCAAAUCCUUGAUUGACACACCCUAUUCAAAGCAGUGCUAUCCAGGUAUUCUUACAUGUGUACCUACCGAAAAUGAAGCCACAGCUAUGGAAUGGUUAUCAUGGUCUAGAAUGAUUCAGCAGCCUUGGAUAUCUGAGCUUUCAUAUCGACAAUGCUUUAAGCAAGGACAUUGUUCUUGUCUAAAGUUAACCCGAGUUCACUAUAUAGACACUGCAUCAUAA